CCGCACUUCGGAGCAUAUACUUCGUUGUGCAGGUUGUGUUUAGUUGUGUUUUUAAAUUUUCUAAUCUACAGAGCUUUGCAUAAUCAUUGAACGAGUGCAACAACUGGCAAAAUGAAGAUGGCGGACGGAUCUUUGUUAAGAAGAAAUAGACCCGGAACCAAGGCAAAGGAUUUUUGCCGUUGGCCAGAUGAGCCUUUUGAAGAAAUGGACAGCACACUUGCUGUGCAACAGUAUAUACAGCAGAUAAUAAGACGAGAGCCAGCAAACAUUGAGCUCAUUCUUGGCAUGCCAGAAGGACAGGAUGAGGGAGUGUGGAAAUAUGAGCAUCUCAGACAAUUCUGCAUGGAAUUGAAUGGACUGGCAGUCAGACUGCAAGGAGAAUGCGAUCCUUCUACUUGCACUCAAAUGACAGCUACUGAACAAUGGAUAUUCUUAUGUGCAGCUCACAAAACGCCCAAAGAGUGCCCAGCUAUAGAUUAUACUCGGCAUACUCUGGAUGGAGCUGCUUGCCUUCUUAACAGCAAUAAAUAUUUUCCAAGCAGAGUUAGCAUUAAAGAGUCAUCCGUUGCUAAACUCGGAUCUGUGUGCCGUCGAGUCUACAGGAUCUUUUCACAUGCCUAUUUCCACCAUCAGACAAUAUUUGACGAGUUUGAAAACGAGACAUUCCUUUGUCGCAGGUUUACCGCAUUCGUCAUCAAAUACAAUCUGAUGUCCAAAGACAAUCUCAUAGUACCGAUAUUGGAAGAUGGUGCCCCCACGGAAAGCGAGGCAUAGGGACCUCUAUUUCCACCUUCUUGUCUGAAGCUCGUACCACAGAUUUUCAAGCAAAAUCUGUUGCCGAUUUAUCGACUCAUACAGAUAUCACUAGGCGUUAUCUCAGGUAGCUUGCAAGCAUUAGGGAGCAAGCGGCUGACGUUCAAUCCUGGUAAAGUUAUUCUUUGAAAUUUUUCUUUACACUUAAUAAACAAGGCGUUCAAUCUCUUUAUAUUUAUUAUCAUUUUUAAUGGAAUAUCUUUUCCUAAAGAUUUUAAGAAAGCAAAAGAAUUCCUAUCAUUUUAUGACGAUUUCAAGUGACUGAUUUUUUAAAAAUAGUGCGUUCUUGUGAGUUUUUUGAUUGGUAAUUAUUCAUUUUGAAGUAUAUCACAGAAUGAUUCACCAGGGUCAUAAGACGACGAUUAUAAAUUGCGGCAUGGAAUACAUUUUUUUAUUUUCAUACACUAUUCACACAUGCUAUAAUCUGUACCACAAGCGACGUGCAUAUGAAGUUAUAAUCAAAGUUGAAUGAAAAUCCAUGAACCGUAAAUAAUCAGCGAAUAAAAAUGAAAAUGCGAUCCAAGCAAUGACCAGUAAAUAAUUUUUCAAAGAUUAUUCAAAACGUAGUAAUAAAAUCAAUGUCGUAUGGAACGUUUUGCAACAAAAUACACACUUGGAAUUCUGCUCUAAAUUCGAUAUCUGUAAUCAAAGAUCAACUAAUUUUAUUAUAAUUGUCCUUUUUAUUACGAUUAAAUAUUUAUUACAUCGCUGAGGAUCAUUAACUGACAAAGUCACAGAUAACAAGAACGAAAUUGAUGACUAAAUAUUGUAAUUAGCAUAGAGGAAUAGGCGAAUAGUAUGCGAGUCCUCGUAAGACGUAAUAGUGGUAGAGAAGUAAUAGAUGUCGUAUAAUCGUUAUAUACAUAACAUACUAAUCUCUCAUAGCUAUAAAUCCAGGUCGCUAGAUUCUCCGCCGCCCUUUACCGAUCAUAUUUAUUGGUCAACAGUUGGGUGCUUAUGUAUGUACGGACGUACGUAUAUCAUCACUGCUACCAGAUAAUAAUGAGCAGACAGGAUCGUGAGUCGUGAACAUACCGCACUUUUGAAGAAAAAAAAUAUGCCUUUCGAUUAUUCAUUCUUUUUCCUCUCAUUGCUCACUAAUCAGAUGAUAAUAUGUACCGGUUAUCUAACCGAGCAAAGCAAUAUCGCAACUGGGUAAUAUUCCCAUUUCUAGCAAAGACCAGGUGGAAUUAUUAACAUUCUUCAGCUAUUGUGGAAAGAUGUAGUAAAAUCUAUCAAGUCACAACGUUAUUAACCAUGAAUAAAUGUUGUGUGAUUUAUCAGCUGCCUUUUAAUUUUGAGCAAAAUAUUAUUAGCCCGAUAAAAUAAACGACGGACGGUAACUGUAAUUAAACCGUCCGCGGAAUACAGAUGAAUUUUUACCAAUUGUCAGUGUUUUAUUAAUAGUACGUUUAUCGUCAUCUUAGGACUUGUCUAUUAAAUAUUUCUUGUUCGUACUAUAACGGGGAGAAAAACAAAUACACUGUACAUACAAUCUGUAAAUAUGAAUUAAUGAAUACAAAAUGGUGUAUGAAAUUAGUAGAAUGUAAUUAUGAUUAUUAAUGAAAAUAUUAAGUAUUAACAAUGACAGAAAUA